AGGAGCUUUGGGAUUAUGACCAAUAACACACGUUUGUUCUCUUGUGCCUAAUUACAAUGUCAGACUGUAUAUACAACAGCCGCUAGGUGGGUGUUACUCAUUCUCUCGCAGUUCACUCAAACAGCACCACCAUGCCUGAACCAGCUAAGACCGCGCCCAAGAAAGGAUCUAAGAAAGCCGUGACCAAGACGGCAGGGAAAGGCGGCAAGAAGCGCAGAAAGACCAGGAAGGAGAGUUACGCCAUCUACGUGUACAAAGUCCUGAAGCAGGUUCACCCUGAUACUGGAAUCUCCUCUAAGGCCAUGGGCAUCAUGAACUCGUUCGUCAACGACAUUUUUGAGCGCAUCGCCGGUGAGUCUUCUCGUCUGGCUCACUACAACAAGCGCUCCACCAUCACCUCUAGGGAGAUCCAGACUGCCGUGCGUCUGUUGCUUCCCGGAGAGUUGGCCAAGCACGCCGUGUCUGAGGGCACAAAGGCCGUCACCAAGUACACCAGCUCCAAGUAAAGUGCCUUACUGCCGUCUUUAUAACACAAAGGCUCUUUUAAGAGCCAUC